CUUACCUUACCUUACCUUACCUUACCUACCCUACCCUACCCUACCUGUCCGUCUACCUGUGUCUACCUGUCUACGCUUAAUUUUCUACAUAGAGCUCAGGCCCUCCCAAAAUCUCAAUUCUCCACAAUCCUCUACAAGGAACCUACCUCGUCUCCUGCUCCUUGCUUCCCUCCUCUCCUUCUCCGUUUUUUGUCUUGAGCUAAAAAGUACGGACGUCGCUGCGAUCAAUACAGUUCUUCUUACUCCUCAUACUUUCUCUCCGACGAAUUGACUCGCCCCUCUCCCUCCCAUCUCAUCUGUGUCGACUCUCCUAAACCACCUCAACAUACAUAGUAGCCGAAUACCUACUGCGGCCCGACCAACUUGGCCACUUCGCCUGUUAUACCCCGUGUUGAGUCUAAUAUCCUAGCUCUCUUGAGGACUUGAGGACUUUAUCUCUUGCUUCCGCCCCCAUUUCUUCAUCACGCCUGGUAUAACAAUAAAACAAAGAGUAUUGCUUGGUCCUGUGCGACCUCUUUCAAGUAACAACAUGGCGGGUAAAAUGGUGCUUUAUAAACUGGUGGUCCUCGGUGACGGUGGUGUCGGUAAAACAGCUUUGACAAUUCAGUUAUGUCUACAACAUUUCGUCGAAACCUAUGACCCGACAAUUGAAGACUCGUACCGAAAACAAGUCGUCAUAGAUGGCCAGUCUUGUAUGCUGGAAGUAUUGGAUACCGCUGGCCAAGAAGAAUACACAGCCUUACGAGACCAGUGGAUUCGAGAUGGUGAGGGUUUCGUACUAGUUUAUAGUAUUUCGUCUCGGUCAUCAUUUUCCCGAAUCAAGAGAUUUCAUCACCAGAUUCAACGGGUAAAGGAAUCAUGCUCGGCAUCACCCACCUAUCCUGGCUCGCCGAUAUCUACAAUAACGCCCCCAAGUGCCGUACCGAUUAUGCUGGUUGGUAAUAAGAGCGACCGGGUAACGGAAAGAGAAGUUUCUACCCAAGAAGGUCAUGCUCUAGCGCGGGAAUUGGGUUGCGAGUUCGUCGAAGCAUCGGCCAAGAACUGCAUAAACGUCGAGAAGGCUUUCUAUGACGUCGUUAGGAUUCUACGCAGACAGCGACAACAAGCAUCUCGGCCGAUGCCGCAAACCGGCCGCCCACGACCUCAAAAUGGAGAAGCUCCCCACAGGGAACCUGGGGAUAGGUAUAGGAGGAACCGCCGAGGCGGAGGUGGAAACGGACGCUGCGUCAUAUUAUAGAUGGCGUCUUAUUCUUAGCAUUACAUGCGCUCUCGCGCGUUCACGACCAGCAUUCUGAUGACGAAUUUGUUCCAGUGUUUGGUUGCGUGCUCCAAGCUCUAAUACGAUCCCCGAAAUGAUGACAACAUCAAAGCAUGCACGCAUACGAUAGCGCACUUGGACCAUACUGUGUUCAUACAACAUGGAGGAUUAUUAUAUACCUCUUCUUACAUUGCACUCCAUACAUCUACUAGCUAUCGAAUCGGCGAAUGGCGUACGAAAAAUAAGCGGCAUUAUUGGGCGCAAGUAUCUUGGUUACCCCGAGUAGGGAUGAAGAUGUGUUUUGUGGGCAAGCUGGGUGGACGGCUACGUUGGUGUUUUGGAGUCUUGGGGCGUGCCUUGCCCUCAGGCUAAUAUGAGUUUUGUCAGUCACGUCUUGGGUACACCAUGAAGACGGUUUAUAUUGUUAUCGAAUAUGUGUUGGAUAUAUGUUCGCCAUCCAUCGAUUUCUGUUUUGGAAAUCUCGCAAAAGGAAAAAAGCGCAGCUGUCUGUUAA